CGGCCCGAAACAUCGACAGUGCUUCUCCCUAUAGAUGCUGCCUGGUCUGCUGUGUUCCACCAGCAUUUUGAGUGUGUAGCCAGAGAGAGAUAUCUUUUCUCUCCCUCUCUAGUCUGAAGUCACUUUAAUACAGUAUUUAUGAAUGAAAACAACCAAUGAGAUUGACAGGCUGUGUGUGAUUUUCAGUCCGAAUUGGAGCCGCUUGGUGCUGUCCGAGACUCUGCGAUCGGCGGACAGAGCUGUGCAACAUCCUCUCUUUCCCCCGUCUACUUCCGCCGCACUCCUGUCAACAUGGCUGCCGCUCCCCAGCAGGAGCCCCUGGAGGAAGAAUUAACCUGCACAGUUUGCUUGGAGGUUUUCACCGACCCUGUUAUCCUCAGCUGCAGACACAGCUUCUGCCGAGCCUGCGUAGAGGAGGUGUGGAAGGAGCCUGACUCGGGCAUUUACGCCUGUCCGCAGUGUCGAACAGGUUCCACGGUUCGGCCUGCCUUGGAGAAGAACUUCCAGCUGGCAAACAUCGUGGAUAGGUACAUGGCUCUGGAGAUCUCCAAGGACGCUGUUCCCUGCAGUUACUGCACUAAGAAGAAGCGCUCCGCCGUGAAGAGCUGCCCUCGGUGUCAAGUGUCGAUGUGCUCCACGCAUCAUGAGUUACAUAGCAACGCGAUGCUGAAGAGUCACCCUCUCACAGAUCCCACGGCAGACACGGCGAUGGAAAAAUGCACCGUACACCAGAAGCCGCUGGAGAUCUACUGCAAGGACGACUCCGUCUGUGUCUGCACUUUCUGCGCUCUGCUAGGAAACCACAAAGGUCAUGAAGUCAUCAGAAUCAGCGAAGCAGUGAGCGAGCUGAGAAAUAAUUUGGAAGAACAGCAGGAGAAGCUCAGGGUCAGUGCCGAUACUUCACAGGCUACUUUGAAAGAUCUCCAGAAAGAGAAACAAGACGCCUUGGAAUCCAUGGAGAAGAAGAAAGCAAACAUUGAGAAGAAGUACAAGGCACUCAGACAGCAGAUUGAAGAAGAGGAGAGGGAAGCUUAUGAACAGUUGAAUAAGGAGCUGAUUCGUGUAACGUCAGAGAUUGAUGGCAGGAUCCUUACUCUCCAGAAUUUGAUGAAAGAAUUUGAAGAAUCUAUUGCUCAGCUCAAAGAUCUUUCAAAGAAGAAUGAAGACAUCCUGUUUAUUGAGGAAUUUAACUCUGUUGCUAAACGGUUCAAGGAUGUCUUGCUGCCAUUUAUACCCACAGCUUACACAUCAGGUGAGAUGCAAAUAAUAGACCCAAAACCAUGCCCAGAUGAGGGACCUGAAGGGGUGAAGGACAGAGAAAUGAUGAUCAAGCUGUAUGGACAUACACCAACUCUGGAUCCAGACACAGCCAAUCCCUACCUUGUCCUAACAGACAAUAACAGAACAGUGUCUGCGUCGAGCCAGAUACAGUUGCUUCAGAGAAGUGCACAAAGAUUUGAUCGAUGGCCUCAAGUGCUCGGUACUGAGUGUGUGAGCUGUGGCCGAUCCUAUUGGGAGGUAGAGAUCAGGGAGGGAGGUGGAGCCUGGAGCGUUGGAGUUUGCUACACAAGCAUUAACAGAAACGGGGAGGGAAAUAAUUGCCUACUGGGAUUUAACAACAAAUCCUGGUGCAUCCAUUCUGGGCCAUAUGUUCUUUCAAGCCUACACAACGGGAAAAGGAUUGCAGAGUUUCCUGGAAAACCCUCCACGGUGGGAGUUUUUGUGGAUUUUGAAGAUGGAGUUAUCUCCUUUUACAGUGUGUUGGGCAGUAAAAUUACCUUGUUGUACACCUUCCACGGAACAUUCUCUGAACCUCUCUGCCCAGCACUGCGGCUUCGAACUGGUGUCACUCUGUCCUUGUCUGCCCUGAAGUAAUUUGUGUCAGGGCUACUGUGUAACUUAAAUGUACUGUAUAUCCCACCAUAUCAUUACUUCCUCCAAAAAAAAUCUGCAAAACGCCAAGUUUCAUCUCAAAGAUCCAAACCUUCUGACCUUGUAGCUUUCUCUGUCUGGGACACAGACCAUUACAGCCAGGUGCAGCUUGAAGAACUUGUCAACACAAGAGCUUUGGGUCUUUGAAAUCCAUCUGUACUCUUGAGCUGUAUUUCAGUCAGUGCUUUUAAAAGUCAAUUUCUUGUGGAAGGAUCUUCAUUCUCAUCACCAUAGUUUCACCAAGCAGUACUUUUCAACUGAAACAUUUGCACUACACAGUUGGUCACAUUCUUGUUGGCUGCCUCUGCUUGUUAAGAUCUAAAGUUGAACUGUGUGUAGCUGAAGAAGUUUUUCCAAUUUCAAUACUUCUCUGUGAUACCCUUAUCUGUUGGUUGAGCAGGUUUAAAUACAGUAUAAUUGUAUCUUUGAAGGGGAGGCCUGAGUGUGGUGGUUAGUUCCAGUGAUAUGUGGCCUGUCUUUAUUAAAGAAACAGGUUAGUAUCUAAGAAAUGUCUUCAUUUGGUUUGUAUCUCAGUAUUUCACUUCAUAUUUUGCAUUGUAUGUUAUUGGUCAAGCAAAUUAAAUGAUUCAUUUGCUAUUGUUUGUAGAUUGCAGGCAGGCAGGGGAAUGAGACAGGAUCUCUUCAGUAUCUGGAACAAUCACAUUUAUUCUGUCUGUCCCAUUUAUUAGUCAUUUUAAAAGGAAAGUAAUUAAUCAGAUAUGUUGUUAUGGUCAGUUAUUUGCUGGUUACUUUCGCUUCUGUAUUAUUUCUUUGAAAUUUGAUUAGUGCUUUCACCCCAGUCCAGAUGGCUAAAUUUCAUUGCAUAUUUGUGUUUUAUCUCAAAUACAAAAUAAUCACAGAAAAGGCGGCUACACCAUAGGCUGCAUCUAUAAAGGAAUAUUUCAGAUCAUAUUAAAUUUGUUUAUUAAAACUUUUUUCUAGAAUAAAAGUAAUUUUGCUUUCA